UUCGCACAUUCGCACCCAGCGCUUGCUUGCUCGCCGCUCCGCCUCUCCCCCCAGACCAGAGUCCCCCAGCGUUCCUCACUGAAGCCCCCCACGCCGGCGCGGCGACGCCCUCAGCGCCCUCACCCGGUCCACAGCGAUUGCCGCGAGCCUCUCUCCUCGCGCUCCACUCCGUCUCGAUUCCCAUCUGCAUUCCGGAACCAAGGGGUUAGAGCCGCGGAGGAGACGAGGCUACGGGACGGCGGGACGCCCUCUUCGAAGCGGGAGCCGCGGAGAAGGCGAGGCGAGGCGAGGCGGCGUCGAGUCGUGGAGCGGAGGAGGUGAGGCAAGCGGCGACCGACCAGUGGGCUAGCGGGUGAAAUGGAGGCGGAUGGGUUUCAGGAGGAGGACGAGAUGGCCGAGAUGGAGGUCGACUCUCAGGUUCAUAUGGCUUGUGUAAUGCAAGGACGUAGAGUUGGAGUAGCAUACUAUGAUUCAAAUACACGCCAGCUUUUUGUAUUGGAAAUCUGGGAAGACAGCGCUGAGGAAUUUCCUCUGAUUGAUCUUGUGAAAUUUCAGGCAAAACCAAGCACAAUAUAUGCAAGUACAAAAACGGAAGAAGCAUUUUUAUCGGCUUUACAACGAAAUGAUGGUAAUGAUGAGGCUCCUGUUGUGAAGCUCAUGAAAAGCUCAACAUUCAGCUAUGAGCAAGCCUGGCACAGAUUGAUCUACUUGAAAGUUGCAGCUAUGGAUGAUGGACUGAGUGUAAAAGAAAGGAUCUGCUUUCUUAAUUCCAUGAUGGAUCUUGGAAGCGAUGUUCAAGUUCGUGCUGCUGGAGGUCUCCUAGCUAUAUUAGACAAUGAGAGACUUCUUGAUACCAUCGAGCAGAUGGAAGGUGGAGCAUCAAUUGCAAUCGAUUCUGUGGCACAGAUCUCAUUAGACAAGUUCCUUAAACUUGAUGCAACUGCUCAUGAAGCACUACAAAUUUUUCAAGUAGAUAAACACCCUAGUUACAUGGGAAUUGGUAGGGCUAAAGAAGGGUUCUCAGUUUUUGGCAUGCUCAACAAGUGUGUCACAUCAAUGGGAAGACGCCUCUUGAGGGCAUGGUUCUUACGUCCUAUAAUCGAUAUCGAUGUCAUAAAUAAUCGCCUCAACACAAUAACAUUCUUUCUUUGCUGUGAAGAAGUAAUGUCUGCAUUGCGUGAGACUUUAAAGUCUGUCAGAGAUGUUCCCCACAUGCUCAAGAAAUUUAACUCUCCAAGUUCCUUCUGUACAAGCAGUGAUUGGAACACAUUUCUUAAGUGCAUUUGCUCUCUGCUGCAUAUAAAUAAGAUUUUUGAAGUAGGAAUAUCAGAGCAUCUGGCAAAUAAGUUGCAACAUAUGAACGUCGAUUUGAUUGGAAAGGCAAAUUCUUCCAUUACAGCUGAGUUGGAUUACGUGUCAGACCUGGUAGUUGGUGUUAUUGAUGUGCAACGUUGUAAGGAGAAAGGCUAUGAGACAGUGGUGAAAGAAGGGCUAUGUGAUGAGUUGGAUGAGCUGAGGAUGGUUUAUGAAGGAUUACCUGACUUUCUAGAGCAGGUGUCAGCUAAUGAACACGCAUCCUUACCUUUCUCGUUUGAAUGCAGAAUACCUCCACUAAUAGUCUAUGUACACCAAAUAGGGUACCUAAUGUGCUUUUUUAAUGAGAAGAUUAGUGAUGCCUUGUUAGUAGAACUUCCAGAUUACGAAUUUGCGUUUUCAGAGGAAGGUGAGGAGAGAAGGUUCUAUUAUCAUACCCAAAAGACAAGAGAACUGGACAACCUUCUUGGAGAUAUUUAUCAUAAAAUUCUUGAUAUGGAGAGAGCAAUCAUGAGGGAUUUAGUGUGUCGCGUCCUUCAAUUUCUACCUCAACUGACAAAAGCAGGGAACUUUGCAGCAGAACUUGAUUGCAUUUUAUCAUUAGCUGUUGUUGCUCGCCAAAACAAUUAUGUGAGGCCCAUCUUAACUGAGGAUUCAUUACUUGAGAUACAUAAUGGCAGACAUGCUUUGCAGGAAAUGACUGUCGAUACUUUUGUUCCAAAUGAUACUAAAGUUGGUGAUACAGGACGAAUAAACAUAAUAACUGGACCCAACUACUCAGGAAAAAGCAUUUACAUUAAGCAGGUGGCCUUGAUAGUUUUUCUUGCUCAUAUCGGAAGCUUCGUUCCUGCUGAUUCUGCUAUUGUUGGAUUGACAGAUAGGAUAUUUUGUGCAAUGGGAAGCAAAUCCAUGACAACCGAACAAUCAACUUUUAUGGUUGAUUUGCAUCAAGUUGGAACAAUGCUCAGGCAUGCAACAUUGAGAUCUCUGUGCUUGUUGGAUGAAUUUGGUAAGGGAACUCUAACUGAAGAUGGCAUUGGUCUUCUUGGAGGGACUAUUGAUCAUUUUGCAAACUGUGAUUUCCCUCCAAAGGUCCUUUUGUCAACACAUCUGACUGAGAUCUUCACCGAGAACUACCUACCACAGUCUGAACAUAUCAAAUGCUAUACCAUGAGUGUUCUGAAUCCUGAUGGACAAACAAGCAAUGAUGAUAUCACAUUCCUUUAUCGACUUGUAACUGGGCAAGCGCUCUUAAGCUUUGGUCUGCAUUGUGCACGGCUUGCUGGUGUUCCAAAUAAAGUUGUCCAGAGAGCUGACAGUAUUUUGGAGGACAUCCAUUCCAAGAGACCUACAAGGCGCAUGAUCAGCGAGAAAUUAGAAGCAACAGACAAGCUGUACCAGGAUGCCGUGGCUAAACUGAUGGCCUUCGAUACACAAAAAGGUGACCUGGACAGAUUCUUCCAGGAACUCUUUGCCUCUGAAUCGUAACACUACGAUUCAAUGCUUAAUCUCGCUAGUACAGGAACCCACAAGGGAAAAAGUGAAAGCUGGAAUGCUGUUUGCCGCAAGUAACGCAGUUCUUCUGUUGCACUGUUAGCAGCUUCACAUGCCUACUUCUCUUGCAUGUUUAUUACUUAAUGGCGUUCUGAUGGCCCUGCCACUACCACCACCCGACACACACACACACACACACACACGCCCACACGCACGCACGCACACGCACGCACGGACACACCCCUUAUACUUGGAAGCGUCAAACUACAGAAUGAAUGGAACGCUCAGAACAUCUCUGUAGUUUGAACAAAAAUUCAUGGCGCUACUUUCUGAACUUUAGGACCUGUCUGGAGGGAUUAAAGUUGAGUGCUAAACUUUAGCACCUAUAGUACUCAUACAUUUGCUCAAGUUUUUGAGUCUUGGCUAAAUUUUAACCCCCUAUUAGCACUUC